UAUGAGCCCCGGGAUGUGGGGAGUGAGAUCGCGAGCUUGGAGGGAGCUGCUGGGGGCGGGUCUGGGAAGGCGGAGGCGCAUCGGGGCCGAGAACGUCGCCAACAUGGCAAGCGAAGGCGGCGCAGGGCGCAGCAUCCAUUCGGACAACAUCGCCGCGGUGCACGAGGUGCCCAUGAAGGUGAUCAUCAGACCCAUCCCACCUGUCCUGGAGGAAGGCAAGGUGCAGAGCCUCGUGAGGACCAUCCAGGAAGAAGCUGACCGUGUGCCCCCGAUAGAUGUCCUCUGGAUCAAAGGCCGAGAAGGAGGCGACUACUUCUACUCCUUUGGAGGGUGCCACCGUUACGCAGCCUACAAGCGCCUGGGCAAAGAGACCAUUCCGGCUAAAAUCAUCCGCUCCACCAUCAGCGACUUGCGCACUUACCUGGGCUCCUCCCUGCCUGAUUUGCGGUAGGGAUGCUCUGGGGACCAAGCGGUCCUCAGGAGGGGAGAGUUGCUCUUGUGUUCGAAUCCUGCUUGCGGCUUUCCCACAGGCCUUGGGUUGGCCCCUGCGAGUACAGGAUGCUGGACUAGAGGGGCCGUUGGCCUCAUCCUGCCACACUCUUCUUAUGUUCCUCAAGGAGAUAAGCUUUGCUCUCAGGAUGGCAGGCUUCCGAUAAGGAGAUUGUUGAAUCGCAACAGAAACAAGAGACUGUUUUUACCUCAGGUAAUUUCUCCUGCUGGCUUUAGUCAUCUGGCUUUAUGUAUAUGUAUUUUUUUAAAAAAACGUUUUUUAUAUCUUAAAACACUUAUUAUGGACUUUUCACAAGAGGCUUCGAAAUGAUUGAAGAGAAGCAUAUA